AUGGAGACCCCCCAUGCACCCCCAGAUACAAUGAAAAUCAAUGAUCUCCUCAAGGAUGACGAAAUUGUGUUUCGAGGCCGUUGUGCAUCAAGAAUUCCCAUCAUUAUCGUAACUGACUACUCGUUUUUACGUGGCGAGUUUGAUAAAAUGAGUGAUGAUCCCAUCAAUGACGAUAACGAAUCGGAUGUAUCAAUGGACGAACAAUCUAAGGAGAAAGACUCUUGUUGCUCCUCCCCGACGAGCAUCUAUUCGCUUCUAGCGUCGUCAGAUGGUGGUGUCCCAGUAUCUAGUAGCACCGUUCGUUCAGACUCCCUUUCAGCCUCAUAUAGACAUCUAGUAUCGCCAAGUAAGGCAUCAACAAUUGAGGGAACUAGAAGUAGUAGAUACUCUGGGGGUGGUGAUGGCGGUACCGCCUCGUCCGGUUCUAACUGCCCGCAGCAGGGAGGUGAGGGCAGCAAAGACCGCAAGUCUAAAGACGGCAAUGUUCACGACAGGGUCUUACUGCUUAUCGUCGAAGAUUAUUUUGGGACACCAGCUUCCGCCACAGAUGUGCUCAAAGAGCGAAUCCAGAUGUGGAUGGUUGAUGUUGCAGCUGGGCCCCACGCCCUACCGCACUACGAUCCGGAAAUCCUUGAGCCCUGUUCUAAAUAA